AUGGUUCAAUCACCCGCUGCGAACGACGUCCCGGUGGCACCAGGUAGUAACGGUAGUAGUAGUGGUAGUGGUAGUCCCUCCGAACUCCAGCAGAUCCUGAGUAAGGCUCUACAACCCACUACUACUGCUGUCCCGACAAUAACAAGCGUGACGGACCUCUCGACGACACGGACCUGCAAUUCGUCGUGCAAGAUCGCCCUCUCGACCGGUGAUUCCUACAUCCUCAAGAUCUCCCCGUCCCCCGAGACGCGAGUUCUCCGCUACGAGCGCGACAUUCUAGAAUCCGAAGCGGACGUUUUGCGACUGUUAUUGCAACAACAACAACAGCAGCAGCAGCAGGGAGAAAGGAAUGGGAGGAGAGAAGAAAUAAUCCCAACGAUAGCGGUUCCGAAAGUGCUCUGCUAUGACGAUGCCCGCAGCAUAACGGACUCGCCAUACAUACUACUAUCCUACAUCCCCGGCGUGAGGUUCAGCGCCGCGAGGGCCGACAUGAGCAGCGGACAGGUGGAGAGGGUGGAGAGGGGAAUGGGUCGAUACCUGCGCUCGCUGGCUGACAUUCCCCAGCAGCAGCAGCAGCAGGAGGUGGGGGGAUUCGGGCGCGCCACGAGGGGUGCGAAACGAUACCCUCUGUGGCGGGACGCUUUCUCCGCCCUGGUCGAGGCGGUGUUGAGCGAUGGGGAGGAGGUGCUCGUCUUGUUGCCCUACCAGGAGAUUCGCCGCCAGGUGCUUUUCUGGUCGUCCGCGCUCGACCAGGUCCUUACACCUGCGCUCGCCGUCCUGGAUUUCGACGAUGGGGCAGUGUUGCUGGGGACCGGGGAUCUGGACAUCGUGGGGGUUGUGGACUUUGAGAGGGCUGGUUGGUAUGAUCCGCUGCUGUGCGCUGCGUGUUUGAGGCCUUCGCCGGCCUUUGUUGAGGGGUAUGGGGCCGAGGCGCUGGAUGCUGGGGGGGCGAAGGUUAGGAGGUUAUUGUGAGUUCUACUUUUAUUGGCUGUUCUAGGUGUUUUUUUGUUUUUUUUUUGCUUUUGCUUCGUGGGGUGGGAUGUUGAUUGAUUGAUUGAUGGUUGGUGUAGGUACUCUUGCUACUAUGCUUGCGUUAAGGUUGUCAGCGCUUACUAUCAUGGAACUGGGAACUUUGACGAGAUGGAGGAACGGAAGAACCUAAUGAGUUCUCUGAAUGAAUUGGUGAACCUGGCUGGGCAAUAA